AUGCAACGAUCUCCUUUGGCCUUCUCGAAAUUUUUGUGGUCGCCUUUGAAAAGUGAAGUACGUCUUUCGACUCUCAAAAUUGCCAAUAAUGCCAGACUUAGUCCUUUAACAGCGCCUGCAAGCAUACGGUGGGUGCGAUGGAAUCACCACGAUAACUCUUCAUACAGACCAUUAAACAAUACCAAAGAUAAAAACGAGACCUCAAAACAAAGACCCUCUUCGGAACAUAAAACGAACGUCAAUCCUUUCAAAUUCAUCACGGAGCGAGAUCGCUUGUUGCUGCAAGCCACAGGACUGCUUCAAAAAUUACAGAUAAACCUGAAAUGGACCCUUACCAGGUCAAUGAAACCGUUCAAUUCCGAUGAUAUCAGUGCUUUUAUCUCUUGGAUUCUAGUCAGCAAUGUGAUUCUAAUCAUACUCGGAACCACAACGUUUGCGUCCCUGAUCAUAUACCUCGCUAACACCGUUUUCGCCCAGGAAUAUGUAGCCACGCAUAUCGGAAACCUACUAACAAAAAAUAGUUCUGUUUCCGUAGUGUUCGAAAGCGCUAUUGUGCCGGACUGGUCUUCCCGCAAAAUAUGCUUCAACAACGUUUUCGUUUCGCGCAGGCCCAAAGUAUCACAUAGCUUCACCAAAGGGUCCCAAUAUGAGGCGUCUGAAAGGGCUAAACUAGCCAUCACGGAAAAUUUGCUUGUAAGCAGAGAAGAUUUCGAUGACGGCAAUUACGCUCAAUUCGAUUUGACCAUGGACCAGGUCGAAAUCUCGUUGAGUUUUAGCAAAUGGUUCAACGGACGGGGUAUUUUGGAUGAGGUGACAAUAAAUGGCUUGCGGGGUGUGGUAGAUCGAACUCAUGUCAUAUGGAAGGAGAACGAUGAUGCAAGAAAUUAUCUGAAUGUACAUCAGCCGGGGGAUUUUGAGAUUUCCAAAUUCGAAAUGAAUGAUUUUUUAAUCACACUCUAUCAGCCAAAUGGAUUUCGCCCAUUCCAAGUGAGCGUUUUCAAUUGUGAACUCCCGCAGUUGCGCAAACACUGGCUUUUUUUCGAUUUUCUCAACGCUAACAAUAUAAGCGGUACUUACGACAACUCGCUGUUUUCGAUUCACAAGAAGUACAAGGCGGACGAUUCGCCUCAUAAUGCGUCUCCGUGGAAGAAAGUGACGCGCAUGCGUGUGGAUAAUUUAGACAUUGACCACCUCAAUGCAGGUGUGGAGGGUCCUUUUGGAUGGAUCACCGAGGGUCAGGUGGACAUGAUCGGUGACAUUCUACUUCCAGACAAAGACCCAGACGCUCUUCAAUUAAACGAAAUGUUCACUGUCAUUGGACAGAGAUUGCUGAAGGAAGCGCAGCGUCACUCUGCAAUUCUUUUGCCAGAACCAUUCCAGACGCCAGAGCAGAAGGACAUAGAUCCACAGAAAUACUUCAUCAUGGAUUUCUUUCUAAGGCUGCAUAACGUAACUGCAGAGGUUCCUCUAUUUGACAACGCACUCAGCUACAUUAACAGUGCGCUGAUAAGGCCAAUUGUUGGCUACAUCAACUCCAGACGUACCUACAUUCCAAUCAAAUGUCAAGUCGUCAAAGAGCUGUCCGACUUCGAAGGUUCAUGGACGAUCUACGAUUGUCGAUUAAUGGAUGAUCUGAGUGCUGAGGUCUACGACGCAUUUGCUGACUACGCUGCCGAUGAUGAAAGAAAGAACAUACGUUUGAAGCGUAUAGGGUUCUGGUCAUUACAAUUGCUGGCUCAAUUAGUUCUCCUCAGCUUGGGGUCAAUAGCCUAA